GGAACACGAAAGUUGCCAACACACACAUGUCCCACUGCAGUUGUUGUAUGAUUUGAGCUGAACUUUGAGGCAUAUGUUUUUGGUUCGUGGCUUCCAGUGCACUCGUCUAACCAUGUCUGCAAAUUCAACCAUAGUCAAUCGCCUACAGCAGCGAGCUCAACAAGCCGAUGACAUCAUCGCUAGAUUGAAACUUCAACUUGCAGACCUGAAGAAAACAGCUGCUGGUGGUGGAAAUGACGCUACCGUCCUGCAAGCUGAAAAUACCAAACUGCAGGCGGACAUUAAAAAUGCCCUGAACAAGCUGGUUGCACUGGAAAACAGUCAUGGAAUUCUUCAAAUUCCUUUGCCAAACGCAAGUCCCAGCCCGGCCACCAACGUGUCAUGCAACAACAUUCCAAAACAAGAGAUCGCAGCCAGUGUCAAAGGUCAGACGAUGGAUGAUGAUCAGUCUAAGCCGAAGCAGGCCAAAAAGAAACAGGCCAAAGCGGAGAAAAAAGAGAAGAAAGAGGGCGCUGGUCCCCCGGGUGCACCGGUAGCCGAGCCUGAUAUCACCGCGGUGGAUCUCCGGAUUGGUCGUAUACUGGAGGUGAAGAGACACCCCGAUGCGGACACGCUUUACAUCGAGCAGAUUGAACUGGGCGAGGGCUCUCCGAGGACCGUCGUCUCAGGAUUGGUUAAUCAUGUCAAGAUCGAAGAGAUGGAGAAUCGUAUGGUGAUCCUAUGCUGUAAUCUAAAACCAGCUAAGAUGAGGGGCGUUCUCAGCCAGGCAAUGGUCAUGUGUGCUGCCACGCCCGAUAAGGUGGAGCUAUUGAUACCUCCCAAGGGUGUGGAGCCGGGAGAUCGAGUCAGCUGCGAGGGAUAUGAACUGGGUGCCUUUCCGCCCCAGAUGAAUCCCAAGAAGAAGAUAUUUGAGCAGAUUAAGCCACAUCUACGGACCAACGCCAGCAAGGUGGCAUGCUAUAAGGGAGGACCCUUCAAGGUAGAAGGCAAGGGUGUUUGCGUCGCCCCAAGCCUUAUUGAUGCAGAGGUGCGCUGAGGAGCGACAAAGUUCUUUCUUGUCAAAGUCUUCUCCAGAGAAAUCUUUAAAAGAAAAAAGUAAGACCUUCCAAAUAGACCUGGGCGACUAGUGAAAUUUACUACUCGACUAAUUUCUUAUUUCCAAGAUGCAGUGCAGUUUAAUGUUUGCCACGGGCGCAAUAGUAAAAUUCAUGCUGAAAGGAUUGUGUCACUGAUGUAUGAUUGUGUUUCGUAAGUGAAUUAUUUUGACGUGAAUAGUCAUGAGCGACACAUUUGAAUCUCAAACAGGUAGUCGCAACUAUUUUUGUAGUAGUCAUGGUGGCAUGAUUAAUCGAGUAAUUGAAUAACAAAAUCCUGAAUAGUCUAGUAACAAUAAUGAAAGCAUUUAUACAGUGCUCUUACUUUACACAAAGGUAUCGGGAGCUUUACACAAACCUGAAGCAGAAAAACAUUGCAGAACUCAAAACAUUCCGACUCAUUCUUUCAGAGAGUACCCCGGGGAGAAAGGAAAAGAAAACAGAAAUAACUGUAUAUAACUGUAUUGACCCAAUUCACCUGACGUGAUCAUCAGAAUAAUCUUGCAUGCACCUUAUUGGUGGGCAAUGUCACUGUCCAUUGACAUUUUCCAAUAGUUUUUAAAGUCUGCCAUCUUGAAACCAAGCCUAACCGAGCCAACAAGUCGGUUAAUGUUUUAGUCAGAACAGCCCAUAGAGUUAUAUAUAAGAACUAGAGGCUGCACUGGCCUAUAUACGCGACCCGGCAUGCGCGCAGGCGGC